GUGAAGAAAAGGUAUAAAUACAGGUGAAAAUGUAACAAAAGUUCAAUAUUCAGAGCUUGAUUUCCAAUCUCAUUAAGCCAUCUUCUUUACCUUUUUUAUUUUUGGUCUUUUUGCCCAUCGACAAACAUUAACAACAACAACAACAACAACAUGGACGCUAUCAACAACAGUUCCAACAACGGCAACAACUCAUCUCUUGUCAACAAUGCUCCUUCCAAGCCAACUGUAACCACCAGCGGCGCUUCCUGGUACCAACCCAAACCUCCUGCCAUGUGUGUCAUUGCUUAAGAGCAAACUAGUAUUAUGAUUUUUUUAUGUCUCAUUUUGAGUCCACUUUUUUGAUUUUUAUUUUAUUUUAUUUAAUUUAUUUUGUCUUGAUUUGGUUUGAUUUCCAGUAAUACUUAGUAUUCUCUAACACUGCGAAAUUUCAAUACAUUGAUCGAUUUUUGAAUCCGUAACUUCAAUCAUUGUAUUAACAAUUCUUAAUAAUUUCCUCCAUUUUCAAAUA